CUAAAAAUCAGGGUUGGAAGAAAUUGCUAGCCUUCAAGAAAAAUGAAUCCACGACAGGGCUGCAAAGGAGGGAGUCUGUGUGGCAAGAUAAAAUGGGAGCCCUCUACCUUUUACCACAGGCAUGCCCCUAUUGUUGUUUCGCCUCCUCCAUUGCAGGAAGGCGCAUACCAGGUGAGGGAGGAGGAGGAAAAGGAGUGUGCGAGGUGAGCGAGGAGGCAGGAAAGGCACGCAUCUUUCCCUCCUCUCUCGUUCUGUGCAGGCCUUCCUCAGUGGUAGCGAGGAGGAAAGGAGGAAAGGCCCACGCCUUUUCCUCGCCCCGUGAGGCCCUUCCUCGACAGCGGGAAAGUUGCGUGCGUGACGAGGAAAUGGCGUGCGCCUUUCUCACUUCUCUCACCUCACGCGCACCUUUCCCGCUGCCUCCCUCAGCAGCGGCAGCGGGAAAGCGCCCCACGCAGCGGGGGAGGAAUGCCUUUUCCUCCCCCCGUGCAGCCCUUCCUCGAUGGUGGGAAAGCUGCCCCUGGGGUGAGGGAGGAAAGCCGCACACCUUUUCCUCGCCCCGUGCGGCCCUUCCUCAGCAGCGGCAGUGGGAAAAGUGCCUGUGGGGCAAUGGAGAUAAGAAAGGCAUGUGCCUUUUCCUCCUUCUCCACACUACAUGCACCUUUCUUGGCGGAGGAGGAAGGAGCCACCACCGCGGGGGCCGGAUAAAUGGCUCCGAUGGGCCGGAUGUGGCCCGCGGGCCGUACUUUGGGGACCCCUGAUCUA